UUUUGUUUGUCCUGUUCAUGUUUGUUAUUCUAAUGUCAGUUCGAUUUUUAAAGUAAAAUUACAUACUUUUAGCCUAAAAUAAUAUCAAAAUGCUAAAAACUAGGCCUAUUUUCAAUUUGUAUUUCAUUUUUACGUGAAAACCAGUGAUACAAAUUCUAACCUGUGAAUUAUCAUAUGAAAACUAGGCCACAAACACCAGUGAACAAAAUGCUUCAUGAUAUAAUUUUAGCAUUAGGUGGUGUUGGAGGGAAAGUUCUAAAUAGAAUAUUAAAUGAAGGAAUACUACCUUUAUCAUCAUUUGACUUCCAUCCAUGUGAAAGAAACAUGCUGUCACAGAUUAUAAAUAUUGCAGAUAAUUAUAAAACAAUACAACAGUUUUUAAAGAAAGUACCACAUUUUGGAGAUGAAUCAAUUGUUUUGGAUAAUGGAGUUGAGGUUGCACCUGGAAUGUACCUACGAGCAUUUUGCAACGGGGUUUACGACAGCCUGGAAUCUUAUCGCAGGAAUUUAGUGAGAGUAGAAAAGGAGGCUUUACAGGAUCCUCAUCAAACAGCUACAGGAAUCCUAGCACAAGUAGCUCCUUACACACCCCUACUGAUCACUCUUAAUUCUAUCAUCAACCAGAUUGUUGCUCGUCAGCUUCAUGGAUGCAAGAUUUUACAACUUAUCUAUCAACACCAGUCCUCUGGCAUUGAAAUGGUGGAUGAAGCAAUGGCAAGGAUCAUGCAGUGUUGUCACAUGGUGAUGCUGAAACAGCUGACUAGUUUCUUGCUGUACGGUCAGCUGAUGGAUCCGUACAGGGAGUUCUUCAUACAAGAAUGUUCUCAAGACCUUCAAAACACUAGCUCGUCCACACUGGACAGUCAGGGGCACGCAGAGAGUGUGUAUAGCAAGCCUGACUUAAAGAAAGGGGUAGCACCAGACUAUGUGAUUGUUCAAGACAUGGUUCCCUGUUAUAUUUCACCUUCAGUUCCUGAGAAAACCAAGUUCAUCGGAUCUACGGUGGUGAUUCUGUCCAAGGACCCUAGGGAUGAAAAGUUAGGCACUGGUAUUGUAAAGUACCAAUCUCUGUAUGACAAGAUGGAGUCAUCUCUACUGGCUCAGUUGAAGGAGCUUCAAAACGUUUCAGCACUGGAUUUGCCGUCAAAUCUGGAAUCUGUCAUAGAGAAAAUUCAGUCAUGUGUCACACAGCAUCUGUUUCUGCUGGCAAAAGAUGAAGCUAAUUUAAGAGGAGAGCUUCAGCUUAUCAAGGACUACUUCCUUCUUGGUCGAGGAGAACUGUUUGUAGUUUUCCUGCAGAAGGCUAACAACAUUCUACUGAAGCCCGUCAUGAACAACCGCACUGGUCAAGAUCUGAACAAUAUAUUGCACAUGUCCAUUCGAAACGUCAAUCUGAAUAGUGACACGAUUGUUGACAAAUUCUCAUUCAAGGUCCCGUUGAAAGACAAACAUCCAAUGGCUCAACCGAACUCCACAGUUUGGAAACAGAUGACGCUGCAUUAUGAGCCCCCCUGGCCACUUCAUCUCUUGUUUAAAGCUGACGAGUUGGACGUUUACGACAAACUGUUCAACUUCCUUCUGCAGGUCAAGAUGGCCGAACUGAACUUGCAUCACGUUUGGUUGGAAAUUGUAAAGAAGAAGGACACAAGGUUACCACCCAAUGUGUGGUCGUUGCACAACAUGCUACUUUACCUGGUCGGCAACUUGCAAUGCUACCUACACCAAGACGUCAUCACGUGUCACUUCUCUCGUCUCUGCGCAGAGUUGGACCGAACGCAAGACUUCCAUCAAGUGAUCCACCUCCACAGUGUUUUCCUCAGCUCCGUCACAUCAGAGUGUUUUGUUGAUAUCCACCCCGCCAAGGAAGAUCAACCAUCUACAAGACACCCUGUGAACAAAUGCCUGAUGAACAUUCUUCACCUUUGUGAUAAUUUUUGUGAUGAAAUUGCAAGAGAAGAAAUGAGAGAGAAGAAUUUUGAGCAAAUAACACUCCGACUGGACAAGAAUGUUGGUAUACUGAUGAACUUAAUAUCUGUGCUGGGGAACAAAGCCUCUGGACUUCGCCUGUUGCUUCUUAGAUUGGACUACAACAGACAUUUCAGUUCUCGCCUUUAUGGAGAAGCUUGAAGUGUGGAACCCUAAAUGCCCAUCGUAAUCUAAUAAAGUGUAUACUUUGCAGGACUUUGAAACUUAUUAAAAGCACUUUGGAAAAUGUUUCCACCAGGUGUGCUUGCCAAGUAGUGAACAAUUUCUGUUAGUUGUGAUAUUUACUUGUACA